AUGUCGUUAAGCGGGGCAUUCGUACGGAAAGUGUUUGCAAUGGUGGUUGUUGUUGGCGCUACUGCGGUUGAUGUAAUACUGAUGCCUGAAACGGAGAUUUCCAUUGCCCUGACUGUCGAACUUGUGCGCAAGGUAUUUGUGAUCAUUGUCCAAUCCCCCGGGUUCUCAGAUGCAGCUGACCCAAAUGUCAGCACCAUAGUAGAUGACACGCCUGAUAGGCAAUUGCCGCCUAGCUUGCUAUCUGGCGUUCCGUUCUCGCGCCUAUACCCCCUUACUCCUAAUCAGUCACUGCAAAUCUCUGUUCAUUCGAAUGGGUGCACGUACGAAGGGCAACACGUGCCCAAAGUGCUAGAGCCUUCCUUGAUCGAGGUUGCCACAGUAUACUGCAAUCCAGCUUGUUGCCACGAGGCUAUUAUUUCGGGUGGAGCACAUCCCACAUAUGGGUCGCUUUGA